GCUAAUAUAUUGUCCUCUUUGGGAAUCUCCCUAGAUAGAACUUUAUUAUGUAUAAUAGUUAAUAAACACAUAUUUUUGUAAGCUAUCAACAUUUGGUUUUUAAUUCUUAGUUAUGAAUUCUCUUAAAAUGCAUUCUUUUUUUGGGAUACUGAAAGUAGGUCAAGAUUUCGUUUCUUUUAGUUUUGUAAUGUGGAGUUGUGGACUUCCACGCUGAUGGCCAUGCCUAAGGUAGAAGAGUGAUCCCGAGUCUUAAACCCCUCUGUUGUCGUAAUUUUGUAUCUGGUCUUUUUCUAGACCCAAUCUGUAUUCUAUUUUUUCCAUUCUUCUUUUAAUGCAUAUGACUUCUUAGCCCAAAAAAAAAAUAUUUGAAGGGACUCCAGAAAACAAAGAAGAGGUAAUUAAUGGCAGUUCAAGACUCUCUGGUCAUGGUGUUGGGCUUCAUAGUGUUUGUGAACCUGUAUGUUCAGGCAGCAGCAGGUGUCUUCGGAAGUAAUGUCACCUUUCAGCUCAGUAGGAUUAACUUCCCAGAAGGUUUCAUUUUUGGGACAGCAUCCGCUGCUUACCAGUAUGAAGGUGCAGCGUUUGUAGAUGGCAAAGGGCCAAGUACUUGGGACUUUUUCACUCACAGAUAUCCAGGUAAAAUAACUGAUCAGAGCAAUGGCGAUGUGGCUGUUGAUUCUUAUCAUCGUUAUAAGGAAGAUGUGAGUAUAAUGAAGCAAAUGGGAAUGGAUGCUUAUAGAUUCUCCAUCUCCUGGGCCAGAUUAUUACCCGAAGGAAAGCUUAGUGGAGGUGUGAACGAGGACGGUAUCAGAUAUUAUAAUGACCUAAUCAAUGAGCUUUUAUCUAAUGGCAUACAGCCCUUCGUAACUAUCUUCCACUGGGAUUGUCCCUUAGCACUUGACAAGGAAUAUGGUGGUUUCUUAAGUCCUCGUAUCAUAAAGGACUUCCAGGACUUUGCAGAUCUUUGCUUUAGAGAAUUUGGAGAUCGUGUGAAGCACUGGAUGACCUUUAAUGAGGCAUAUCUCUAUAGUAAUUAUGGUUAUGCCACAGGCUCUUUUGCUCCUGGUAGAUGCUCCAAAUGGGUGAGUUCAAGUUGUAUUCCUGGGAACUCUGGGAGUGAGCCCUAUAAGGUGGCUCACCACCAGCUUCUGUCUCAUGCUGCUGCAGUGAAGCUAUACAGGAAGAAGUACCAGAAGUCUCAAAAGGGAAAGAUAGGAAUGGCGCUGGUGGCAAACUGGAUGGUACCCUUCUCCAGAAGCAAAUCUAACAUUGCUGCCACCAAUCGAGGUCUUGAUUUUAAGAUUGGAUGGUUCAUGAACCCAUUGACCUAUGGUGAUUAUCCAGAUAGCAUGAGAGCUCUUGUUGGUGAUCGGCUACCAAAGUUCUCAAAGAAGCAGUCUCUCAUGGUGAAAGGGUCACUGGACUUCAUCGGAUUAAACUACUAUACUGCAAAUUAUGCAGCUGAAGUUAACUUGAGGAGCUCUGGAAAUUUAAGCUCCACAACUGAUUCACAAGUUAAUCUCACAUCUUCAAGGAAUGGGACAUUCAUUGGUGAAGCGACUGGUCACGCUGCAUUCUAUGUUUAUCCGAGGGGAAUUCGAGAUGUUAUGAUCUACAUAAAGAAAAAUUACAGAAAUCCAGUUAUUUUCAUUACUGAAAAUGGGUUUGGUGAGCUGAACAACUCCAGUGUAUCCUUGGAAGAAUCUCUGAAGGAUGACAAGAGAGUGGACUUUUACCAUAGACAUCUUCACUAUCUUCGAAGAGCCAUCGAGGAUGGUGUGGAUGUGAGGGGAUACUUUGCAUGGUCUUUGUUGGACAACUUUGAAUGGAGUAGCGGCUACACAGUUAGAUUCGGGAUUAACCAUGUAGAUUACAAAGACAGAUUGAAGAGAUAUCCAAAGCACUCAGCCAUUUGGUUCAAGAAUUUCCUCAAUAACUAUAUUGUUUUUUAACUAGUCAGUCUUAUCCCCUCCACCUUAUUGAUUAGUGGCUUGAUGGGAUGUUGUGUUUUGAAGGUUAAUUUCUUCAAAAAUUUCAAUGUUCACAUUUCAACUAGGGAACUAAGAGAAUCACCCAUUGUUUGAUAAGAAUCGAGAAUCAAAUUGGAUAAACUUCAA